CCCUACAAUAACACAGCCGCUCCGACUUUCAAACGAAGCACCUCCUCCCUGACAGAGAGACCAAAGGAUCUUGGGUACGAUUUUGAGUACUCCCUAGACCUUUCUCCAGAAGAUAGCGAAAAUGGGUGUUGCCUCCACGUGCCCUUGACCCCAGAACAGGCGCGCAGUAAGAGAAUACGAGAUGCAAGUCUGGCGGUUAUACGACGUGCUCUUUCUAUUCUACAGAUCUUCGCUAUAAGUCAGUUUGGWUGCACAGGAAAACARAUACAAGACCAAAUAAUGAGAAAAACAGCKUCUGUYGCUGUACCAGGAUACUUUGAAUUACUAUCCAAAUUACAAUCGUCGGUCGAGAACGUUGCACAGAUCAAAUACGCUUUAGAGCAAGAUUCUGACUGGUCGGAGCCCAGUUCCCCACGUUCACCUGACUCAGCUAAAAGUCUAAGUCGACAAAACUCACGUAGAUCACGUGCCAGCUCUGUCUCCUCGGUAGAUACCGCUGUACUUGAGGAACGGUUUAAUUACGCAAGGGAUGCAGAGCUUGUCAACGCUGUUAGGAAAGAUUUGGCCAUGUCUCUGAAAGAAGUUAUGCAGCAUGGUUUAGUCAGGAAUGUUGACAGUCGUCUUAUAUCGUCAAAGUCUCUCGUCGCCUGUAUAGUACCAACAACGCGGACAUCUCUACCUCAAAGAAUGCAUAUAUGGGAAUUAUUUAAUAGUUACUACUCAUUAAAGCAUGGUCGCGAGUAUAAUUCCACACCUGCAAGUAAAUUAUCAGAAGCGUUUGGUAUAUCUCUAGACGGUAGUGGCGCUACGACUAGCAAACAGACCCUACUUCGUACGCUGCAUCGAAUCAAAACGACCCAUGAGCCGUGUAGACGAAGCAUGGAUGCAAUGUUUAAAUCACUAGUAUGCGCUGGAUUAAAUCAAAAGAAUCUUGUUCAAUGGUGUCGGAUCGUAACRAGAACUUCUACAAUUGUUGAAGAACAUUACCAACCAUGGGCUUAUGUUGUUAAAAGCGGCAUGAGUGAAGCUUUAACUUACCUGGAGCGACUUCAACCAUUCGACUUCCAUCUGCCUGAAGACCUCGCUAUACGACACCUCACUAAAAUCAACGACGCAUUYGGCGAACCCUGAAUUACAACUUAGUAGAUAAUUAAGAGAGAUGAAAUCCAUACAGAAUAUAUGAAUAAUUAUUAUCAAAUAUUUAAUUARAUUAUUACUAUGUACAGUUAAGUAAUUGUGGCGUCACUAUAGUGGCGUUCUAUAGACGAUAAGCAGCGACGCCAUUUUGUACAACAAACUCCCUAAAAAAGGUUCUAGGUUUACAGCACAACUACUUCUAUAUUUACAAAUAAAAAGAAAGAACUUUGGAGGACUGUUUAGCGAACAUGAAAAAGUGCGAGGACUACAACUCCCAUCAUGCUUUGCUGCACAAAAUGGCGUCACUGCUCAUCGCCUAUUGGUCGGUAUUAUUUUUAAUGAAUUAUGACGUCACAAGCGUUAUUCCAUGGGUAUAGAAUGGAUCAAAUAUUGGAUUUUUCAGUAUCGAAGGGUGAAAUAAUUUUUAUCUAUUUUUACCCGUUUUAUUGAGAUUUUCUUUGUCAGUUUGACUGUAGCCUGCGUACAUCCGGGUGUUUACGAGUAAACGGUGGAUGAACUCGGGCUUGUUUGACUGUCAAUUGUGCGAAAUGUCCCCUCAUUUUUGUUGUAAAACUCAGUCAGUAAAAAUACGCUAGAAAUUGUGUAUAUAAUAAAGCGAAGACUGAGGAAAAGCUUGCAAAAUAAGGAAUAUUAAAGUGUAAUACGAUAAAGUAUAUUUCAUAGUCUUAUGAAAACCGCUUUACUACAAAAUAGAAAUAUAAUUUAUGUAUUCUUAUGA